GGAGACAUCUGCAUGGGAGAGUAUGCUAGAGAAACCACCUGAACAGUUAACACAGUCUGAGCGUGAGCAGUGGUUAUCAAAACUGAAAGGUGUAGCACUAAGUUCUGAUGCAUUCUUUCCAUUCCGUGAUAAUAUUGACAGAGCGUAUCAGAGUGGUGUUCAAUACAUUGCUUCACCAUCGGGAUCAACUCAAGACCAGGUUAUAACUGAAGCCUGUGACGACCAUUCCAUUGCAUUAGUAUUCACUAAUACCAGACUAUUCCAUCACUAGAUAUUACAUCAUGUGAUGUCAUACAACACUGGAUUGAGAUAAAUGCAUGCAACUGAAUGAAAUAGACCCUGUGAAUCCAACAACUACUGUAGAAUACUUUAUUUUCACUGGGAAUUAUUUUUGCUGAAAGAAUGGUUCAGUGAAAAUAAAAUUCAGCAAAUAUACUGUUGUUCCUGUAUUUUACAUUCAACUCAUCAAAAAUCAGUGAAAGUAAAUUCCACACAAAACACCCAACAAGCUUAUUCAGCGAAAAUUAGUUCCUGCUAAAAUAAAGUAUUUUACGGUAAGAUACAACA